CCUUUUUACAUUUUGUGUCUUUUCCCCAGUGUUGAACUGCAGAAAGCUAACCUAGAGGCCCAAAAUACCCAAACCCCUGGCAGCGGUACCACUCCCGGGGCAUCCGGGGCCAGUGCUUCUCCCUCUACCACCACUACCACUGCCUCUCCCUUGGCCAGCGCCAUUCCCUUGGCUCAGCUGCUAAGCAAGCCAGGCGCCCUCAACGCCCUAUCUAGCCUCACCGCCCUUGGCGGACUCACGGAAUUGCUAGGUGGUGCUGCUGGAGCAGCUGCAUCCGCGCUACCGGUCCAGACGACCGGCGUACACCGGUCGCACAAGUUCACGCCGAGGCUGCGCAGCCCUGGCGCGCCCGGGCCCACCGAGAGCGGUAAAUUCAAAUCCGAGCGCACCAAGUACAACCCGUACUGAGCCACCACCGACCACGGAGUAACAGCGAAGCGGAGACGCGAGAUCAGGGAGAUCGUUACACGUACACGCAUUAUCACUUGUCAUUACAACCAUACUACCGAGCAAUACCAUCACCACCACCACCACCACCACUACCAUAACCACGAUCAUACGUACACGGAACAACACGAGAUUUACAUCGGAGAAAAGUGCGUACGGACGCCAGGGUAGCGUAGCGCGAUGUCCGAAAUCAAGACUUGGCUGAGGAUCGGACCAACACGAGAGAAAUUGUUUUCAUAAUGGGACAACUACAACGCCUGCCACGCUGAAAUAAUGACGUGACGAUCGUGUCUCGGUACGCACGAGCGCAAUUUUUUAGGGUAAGACGCGCGAAGAAAUUCCAAUUCGCUCGCGCCGUUCUCGGUAGCCUUCUUCUUUUUUUUUUUGCGCGUACCACGUAUUCCUUGUCCCGCGUAUUCAUCGUCUAACGAUGUGCGUGUAUAUUGUCGAUUUGUACGUCUCCUUUUUUUCGAAUGAUCAACAGACGAGAUGAUUCCGAGACACUGGCGAGAUCCGAUGCCGAGUCAUCGGACGUACACGCGAACGAAGCGCGACACGCCCUCCGAGCCCGACGAACGAUCAUUCUUGCAAACGUUGACGCGCGAUCUUCGUUCCCCGGAGAUGCGACUUUUAUUAUCAUUUCCCGAACUCCCUCCUUCCCUCUUUUUUUUUUUUUUUUUUUUUUUUCCUCUUCUUUCCGCGUUAUUUUGUUGAAACAGCUUGAUUUGAUUUUUCGAUGAUUGUAGUAUCGCGAGAUACCGAUUCUUUUUUGCGAAUGACGAUGAUGUAUGUUGCGUGGAUUCGGAGGACGCGACCGCUUCUGCGAGACAGCCUUUUUUUUUUUUUUUUUUUUUUUUCUUUUAACAUAUAUGUGUACAUUAUUUUACGUAUGUAUGCAUAUAUACAUAUACAUAUAUAUAUAUAUAUAUAUAAUAUAUAAUACGAUGAAUUAUAUUAAUUGAUUAAUGUUCAAAGCAUAAAAGGCUCUUCUUCUGCUAGCUAUUAGGGGAUUCCGAUGUAAUUUUUUUCUUCUAGUUGUAUAGCCCGACCACUUUUCAAUUGAAAGCGAGAGAAUGAGCGACAGAGGGCUGAAUGGUGUGAGUUUUACGAUCAAACGAUUUUUUUUGGUAGACAAAUA